UGUUCACCGAGUUUCACUCUGCCUUCAUAACAUCAUAUAUUCGCAAGAAGAAAAAGAAAAAUUCUAGUUGAAUUUAUUGGCAUAAAUAACAAACCCUCCCCCCUGUCUUUAAUCAAUAGCAUAUAUAAAAGAUAUUUGACCAAGAGAGAGUAAAAAAAAAAAAUACAGGUUUAUCAAAUAGUUAAUAUGCCUAUGCAAAAAGAUCUUCAAAAAAUCCAUAAAGAUAUUCAAGAAAUUAUGCAUGAGUGCAAGUCCUUACGUCGAGGCAAAUACUCUUCUGAAGACAUUCAGCACUUGCAAGAAAAGCUUCAUAACAUUGAUACUCAAUAUAAGGAAGGUAUUAUCGAUGAUCGUAACAAAGAGGAUAUCAAUGAUGACCCUUAUGAACACGAAGGUCAAGCUCAAGUAGCUAAUGAUUUAGCAAAGGCUCACCAAAAGUUAUCUGAAAUGUUGAGCCAAGUUAGUCAAUAAAUACUAUAUAUACUUGUAUAUAUGUAUAUUUGUACAUAUUUUUUUUUUAAAAAAAAAA